CGGUACAGCCACUUGGAGAAGAUGACAGAUCUGGUGGCUGUUUGGGAAGUAGCUUUAAGUGAUGGUGUUCAUAAGAUUGAAUUUGAACAUGGGACCACUUCAGGAAAACGUGUUGUCUAUGUUGAUGGAAAGGAAGAAAUAAGAAAAGAAUGGAUGUUUAAAUUAGUGGGUAAAGAAACAUUCACUGUUGGAGUAUCCAAAACAAAAGCUACUAUUAACAUUGAUGCAGUCAGCGGCUUUGCAUAUGAAUACACUUUGGAGAUCAACGGAAAGAGCCUCAAGAAGUAUAUGGAGAACAGGUCAAAAACAACCAAUACUUGGGUACUGAGCUUGGGUGGUACGGACUAUAGAGUUGUUCUAGAAAAGGACACUAUGGAUGUGUGGUGCAAUGGUCAAAAAAUGGAAACAGCGGGUGAAUUUGUAGAAGAUGGGACUGAAACUCACUUCAGUGUUGGUGGUCACAGCUGUUGCAUUAAGGCUGUCAGCAGUGGAAAACGAAAGGAAGGAAUUAUUCAUACCCUUAUUGUGGAUGACAGAGAAAUCCCAGAGGCUGUGGAGUAGCCUCUAGUGAGCUGAUUAUUGUAGGACUAAGAUCAGGAAUUUUCAAUUACUGUGGUAAUUACUUUAAUAUGUACUACUUGGUACAUCUAGUUUGUGCUGGGUUUAUUUUCUAGUUUCUGUAUAUGAAAUUACUCUUUUCGAGGACCAGAUGAAGAUAAUUAUAUACAACCUCUUACAUUACCAGUUUUUAAAAAACUAUAUACGCAUAUAGAAUAUAUAUUAUAUCACUAAGUGCAGAGAGCACAGGUGAACUUAACUAGAAAUUAUAUACUAGAAAAAAAAUCUCGCUAUAAUAAAAUGCAAGAUAAGUAUUGAGUAAUUCACCCCUUAUAAACUGUGGGUGUAUGUGGAGGGAGGAGGAAGCAUGGGCAUUCGAGUAAGCUGUUAACAUAAUAUCAGUAAAGUAAUUAUUUUUUCUAUUAAACUGACUACCGACGUUUUUCAGAUGCAGUUAAGAAUUACAAAGUUAAUAAAAAGGUUAAUGAAAUACAUUGUUACCAGUACUUGUGUAACAGUAUUAAAACAAUACUGCACUAUGAAAACUGUUCUUUAUUCCAAGUAGGAGAAAAGAUGUUACAUUGUGCCAAAAAAAAAAUCCUUUGAGGCUUUCUGAAAACUGAUGCUUGUUAGAAAUUGUUGCAGUAGUUCAGAAACUCAUCUACUGAGUUUUUUCAAAAAAGAAAACAAAAAAAAUAAAAUUCCUGCCAUGAAACUCCUGUAAUAAUGAAACCUUUUGAAGCAAGCUGAAAUAAGAGCUGCUUCUUGUUCAAUGCUGCCUAACAAACCUUAAAUCUACAGCUGUGUGUUUUCCUGGCAGUAAUGUGUGAAUCAAGAAACAUGAGGAAAAAUGGGACAGAAAUAGAGGAGAAGAGUUGGUUGCUUAAAUGGAAAAGUUAAAAUAGAAGUAGACCGAUUGUGUUUUCAAACUUCGAGCAUACUAUCUAAAAGCAACCUUGGGAUUUCUGUGAGAACAAGACUCGUAUGUGUUAGAUGGCUCUUACAAGUUCACGGCAGGGGGGGUGUCCCAUUUAACAUUACACGAGAGCGUAGGCUCACACACUACAAAAGCUACCCUUUUGCAACAAUGUAGA